CGCCAUCUUGUUUUGUAAUUGUGUCUCAGUGAUAUCGGUGUCAGAUUUCAUUGUUAUGAUUUUUUAUCACUAUAAAUAAUAUUACCGCUGUUUAUCAAUAAAUCUGAAAGUUCUUUUUAUUUCCUUAAUUUGUGAUCAAGAACUAAGUUGUGAAUUUGGACAGUGAUUAUAAAACGAUAACAAACUAUUCUUCUACAGUAGUUAUGGAUGAUGAAGACGAAGUUGAUAUUUUAGGAGAUUUUACGCUAGAAAAUCUCUUGACCAAAAACGAUAAUCGAAUUUGGUCUUGCUAUGAAGGUGACAACGAGUAUCCAAGCAGCAAUUGGCUACAGGAGAGCACAUCGCAAUGUUGGCAAGAUGACAGAACUCUAUGUAGCUACUCGUCCACUUCGAAUCUGUUGAUGCCCAGCAGUAGCUCCACAGUUGGCAGCCCUGACAAGAAUGAGACAUGGACCGACAAAGAGUGCUACCUGCUGGAUAAAGGACUGGAGCUAUUUGGCCGUAGCUGGUCACGUCUUGCUCAGUACAUUGGCAGCAAAACGUCUCAACAGGUGCGCGCGCGUGUCAAGAGCGGAGGCGGUGGCGCGGCAAACGGAAGCGGAAGCUAUUUGGCGGCAAACGGCGGAGGCGGAAGUUAUCUGGGGGCAACUGGCGGUAGUUAUUUGGCGGGAGGCGGAGGUGGCUCGCUUUUGGCGGGUAUCUCUACGACCGAUCUGAGCACGUGUGCUGUGCUGGACAGUCAGCUGACCGGAUUCAACUGUGCUGAGUUGAUUGAUGAUAUGCAGAUACCGGCGUCUAUUGAGGAGGUGAUAGCAACAGUCACAACUGCUAAGCCUACAGUGCAGAGUUCAACUCCUCGUCAGAGACAGAAUUCAGGCAGCGUAUCCACUUCUUCCUUCCUGAACUCUGGUCACCUGUCACACGGCUCCAGUUCUCUGCCUCCUACCAAUAGGAAAUCGAGAGGCCGGCCGAGAAAAGAGGAGAGCGAUAGGCGAGGAGGAGGAGGAGGAGUAGGAGGACAGAAGAUGGUGAAAAGGAAGGAAGAUAGGAGAAGAAGAGGUGGGAAGAAGAGGACUAAGCGUUCGAGUUCGGAAGAGAUGCUCAUGAAUUUGCUGCAUGCUCUGCCGGACGAACAGAAUUCUAUUACGCUGCCAAGCGGCGAACAAGUGAUCCGGAUUCAGCCGAACUCUCAGGAUGAUGACGACGAGGAGAUAGAUAUUGAGGAUGGGGGCGACUGUGGUGUACUGGCACAGCAGGAGGUCACCACGAUUGUGGACACCACUGUCGAAACCACAGUUGUGGACACCACUGUUGACACCACAGUCGACACCACUGUCGAAACCACAGUUGUGGACACGACAGUCGACACCACCACUGUAGUCGUGGAUGACUUCCAACCGGAGCCAAUAGUUGAAACUAAACUGCAAGUGCCCGUCUAUACCACCACUCAAUCAGCGAUGCAAAGUCACCAGGCAGCUGUGAUGAGCAAAUACAUGCAGACGAUACAGGAGCGACUGGAGAAGGUGUACAGUCUGCCCGCACCCACCCGAGAACUGCAGUUAAACCUGGACAUAGUCAGUGAGGAAGAAAUGAAACUACAUCCUGAGUUCUUUGCCAAGUCGGAGAAUUUCAAUCGGUAUCUCAGGAUACGGAGUCACAUCGUGAACUCAUGGCUGGAAACUAAGCCUAACUAUGUUACCAAGACCUCAGUGCGGUUUGGCCUGAAGAAUUGCGGAGAUGUGAACCUCAUCAGCAGAGUUCAUGCUUACUUGGAGCAGAAGGGCUACAUCAAUUUCGGCUGUGACCAAUGUCAUUACCGAACCGCCACCUCGUUUCAAAUGAACAACCAGUCCAAUGUGGGCUCAACUGUUGCUAAACAAACGGAAGUGUCAACUUCAGAAACCGUAAAACCGCCAGCUGAAACCGUGAAACCGACGUCAGAAACCGUCAAUUUGAUCUCAGAAACCGUGAAAUCGACGUCUGAAACCUUCAUACCGGCUGCUGAAACCGUUAUUUUGACGUCAGAAAUCGUCAAAACAACGUCAGAACCCGUGAAGUCACCAACUGUAACCGUGAAACCGCCAGGAGGAGUUAUAGUUGAAUCAGAAACCGUCAAACCGACAUCAGAAACCGUGAAUUUGAUCUCAGAAACCGUCAAAACGACGUCAAAGCCCGUGAAACCGCCGUCUGAACUCUUGAAACCGCCAUCAGGAGUUGUAGAUGAGCUGAACCGGAAACAGCAGCGACUGAGCGGCCGGAAGCGAGUGCCCUGUUUCCGGUUCCGGUCGCAGGCGGACGAGAGAGAGACGUCCUCAAGGUCGUUGCUAAUCAAGCGGGUGGUCAGAGAGCCAAAAGCACCCACGCGUCAUCAGGUCGAUCUCAUCACGUGUCGAGAGUUUGGCGAUCAGAAUCCGGAGCCGUUCUGCCUGGUGAUGAAAGGUGGUGCCCUGAUAGUGGCCAAUUUGCACGGUGCCUCCAACAUGCAGAGCGAGGUGAUCGGUCUGCUGGGAGGCAUCUAUGAACAGGAUGCCAGACGGCUGGAGAUCCAUGUGGCAGUGCCUUGUCGUAGUUUGGCUGCUGAUCGAGUCACCUGCGAAAUAUGUCCAGUGUCUCAAAGCCUAGCCAGCACAUCGAUUGAGCAGCGCGGUCUAGCGGUGGUAGGCUGGUACCACACGCAUCCCGGCUUCAAACCGCAACCGUCUGCGGUUGACGUGCGAACACAGGCCGCAUAUCAGCGUCAGUUUGGUCGCAAUCACAGUCGCCCGCCGUUUGUGGCGCUGAUCGUCACGCCUGAUCAGCAUUUGGCCGCCGAUUACAAUCUGGUUGGCGGCGAUUGUGCUGGCAUUUUGUUCAGGAUAUUUUUCGUGUUGGAAUCUGGUGGAGAGAUGAUACCAUAUAGACUGAGACCAAUCAUUGAUUCGUCGAACUAUUCAUUGGAGAGCAUCAUGGAUAGUAUCAAAACAAUCAAACAAGUCAACUAAAAUGAAAAAGUUUUUAGAAGAAGUUAGAACGUCUAGAAGUUGUGCCUUUAGUUAGUGAGGUUAGCGGAUCAUAUUUUCAUCACAAUCAUAAUUAUUUUGAUAAUAUUUUAUCAAUUUAUUUAGUGAAGUAAGCUGUUUAGUUUAUUUAGGGUUGCUUUCUCCAGAGUUGGUUUAACCAGGACUUCCUAUAUAGGAGGUCCUAUAUGGAGGUAGUAUAUAGGAGGUCCUGGUUCAGCUAUUGAGCCCGUUUAAUCAAUGUAUGUUUGAAUUUAUUUUAAUGUGUUUUGAUUAAGCCAGCUGAUGGUUUAAACUAGAAUUUUAGUUGAACUUUUUUGGAGAAAGUGGCCUUUUUUGUGUUGAGUGUUGAUUAAAUCAAGUUUUGGUUUUUCCCAUAA